AUGCCGAAGCCGAAGUCGAAUCCCUCUCGCGAAAAGGGAAAGGGAAAAGCCAAUGCUUCUGCUUCCACCCGCAAAAGGACGCGCGGGGCCUCAGAAACAGAAAAAGGUAACAAGAAACGCCGAAAGACCACAGCUCUCAACAAAGCCCCAACCCAGCGACUCAACGUCUACGUCUUCGGCGCAAACGAGAACGGCGAGCUGGGACUCGGGCCCUCCGCCGCUGAAGAGGUGAUUCGCCCGCGUUUGAACCCCCACCUCUCGGCCGACUCUGUUGGUGUGGUUCAGCUAGCUGUCGGCGGUAUGCACUGCGCUGCGCUUACCCAUGAUAACAAGAUUCUGACGUGGGGCGUGAACGACCUUGGCGCUCUUGGACGGGAUACCACUUGGGAUGGUGGCAUGGUGGACCUCAGCGAUGCUGAGGAUGACGUGGAUCCUGAGAGGAAUCCUAAAGAAUCAACGCCUGGCGAAGUAGAGAUGGACAAUGUGCCUAAUGGUACCAUCUUCGUCCAGCUCACAGCCGGCGACAAUUGCACUUUUGCACUGACUAGUGAAGGUACUGUCUAUGGAUGGGGUACGCUUCGAACAACCGAUGGUGCUACCAAGUUCCAACCUGAUAUCGAUAUCCAGCGAACACCCGCCCUAAUCCCCGAGUUGGAAAAGGUUACCAAGAUUGAAGCUGGAUGUAAUCAUGUCCUAGCACUCGCGUCUGAUGGGAGAGUCUAUACCUGGGGCUUUAGCGAUCAGGAUCAGCUCGGCCGCCGCGUUCUAAAACGUCGGGCAGGUCCAUGGGCUGGCCUUAACCCCCGUAAGCUUAGGCUCAAGGACGUCGUUGACAUCGGCGUCGGUUCCGACCAUUCAUUCGCCAUCACCAAGGACGAAUGCGUCUACGGCUGGGGUUUAAACAACUUUGGACAAACGGGAAUUGCUGAAAAUGCUGGCACAGACGCAGCCACAGUGAUCGCCCCUACCAAAAUCGAUGGCCUGACGGAGGUGUCACAAAUUGUUGGGGGUAACAAGCACAGUAUUGCCCUUACCACCGGCGGAGAUUGCUAUGUCUGGGGUCGGCUUGAUAGCUCCGCGACUGGAAUGGAUCUGGAUGCUCUCCCAGACGAAGGAGUGAUUUACGACAGGCGCGAUAAGCCUCGGAUUCUAUCCAAGCCAACUCCGCUCCCGGAUCUAAAGGUGAGCUUCAUUGCUGCAGGUGGCGAUCAUAGUCUGGUCAUCAGCCAAGGCGAUCGAAAGCCAUACAGCUGGGGAUUCAAUGGCAAUCAUCAGACAGGCCAUAACGUCGAAGAUGAUGUCGAAACGCCUACGAAAAUCGUAUCUAAGUCAAUUCGAGAUAAAGAGUUUGUCUGGGCCGGCGCUGGCGGCCAGUUCAGCCUGCUCGCGGAGGAGGUGGUCAUAACAGUUGAAUCGGAUGAAUCGGAUGAAUAG